AUGAACUUAAAACUACUAUCUAAACUAUCUAAAACCCAAAAGCAACAGACAAUCAUGUCGAAAUAUUCACCACCUAUAAAUCGAUCUAUGAUCAAUGAGCUAGAUCGAAAUUUUUUUCAAAAAGAAAUUCCAUUAACUGCUGCAUGGUUUCCACAACCAAAAUAUUUAACAAAUUUUAUCAAGACAUGUCAAUCUGAUAUUUUUUAUGUUAGAAAUAUAAAACAUAUAAUAGAUUUAGAUAAUUCAAAAGCAGUACUACUAAGAGAAGGUAUAACUAAUAUCACUGAUUUACACGAAACAACUCAAUUAAAAAUUCAAGAAUAUAAUAUAAAAUUAAUACCAUAUUUAUUAAAAUUAGAUUAUUCAUUUUGGAAAAGUGAUGAAAUUUUAAAACUGAUAUUACCUGAAAAUUUAAUUGAUGAAAUUCCUCAAGGUUUCAGUCAAGCUGGUCAUUUAGCUCAUUUAAAUUUAAGAGAUGAAUUUAAACCAUAUGGAAAAAUUAUUGGUCAAAUAAUAAUGGAUAAAAAUCCAAGUAUAAAAACAGUAGUUGAUAAAAAAAAUACAAUAGCUAACAAAUUUAGAACAUUUCCCCUUGAAUUAUUAGCUGGUGAAGAAAAUUUUAUAGUUGAACAAAAUGAAAGUGGUUGUAAAUUUAAAUUUGAUUUUAGUAAAGUUUAUUGGAAUUCAAGAUUAAGUUCAGAACAUGAAAGAUUAAUUGAAAAAUUCAAAAAAGGAGAAGUUAUAGGUGAUGUAAUGGCUGGGGUAGGACCAUUUGCUAUACCUAGUGGUAAAAAUGAAAGCAUAAUAUUAGCAAAUGAUUUAAAUCCAGAAAGUUUUAAAUAUUUAAAAGAAAAUAUUAAGUUAAAUAAAGUUGAACCAUUUGUAAAACCUUAUAAUUUAGAUGGAAGAGAAUUUAUAAAUAAUGCAGCUGAUAUAUUAAAUGAAUUUGCAUCAAAUGGACCAAUUGAAAAAAAAAUUAUAAAAAGAUUGAAAGGUGAAAGAAAAAUAGAAAUAAAACAAAUUGAAAUUCCAAAAUUUUAUCAUCAUUUUGUAAUGAAUUUACCUGAUUCAGCAUUAACUUUUCUAGAUGCAUUUAUUGGAUUAUACUCCAAUUAUCCACAACUUAAAAACCUACCAAAUUUUAAAUUACCAUGGAUUCAUGUACAUUGUUUUGAAAAAUUUGAAAAUGGAGAAGAUCCAACAAUAGAAGAAUUAAGUGAAAAAAUUUGGUUUAAAAUUUGUAAAUUAAUUGAAUUUGAGUUAGAUAUUAAUAAAAUGGAAUUUCAUAAAGUUAGAAUGGUAAGUCCUACUAAACCUAUGUUUUGUGUUUCUUUUCAAUUACCUGAAGAAAUAGCAUUUAGACCAAAAAUAAGUUAA